ACAAUCUUUGGGCUUCCAGGGGCACAGCUUUUGCAGGCGAGACCAUUGGGACCAUACCCAUGUUGUACUCCAAUUAUGAGCUGGAAGUUGUGCUACGAACCGCAAAUAGCAGUGGCGCCCCGCGGAACUGGACCGACCCGCAUGCCUUUGCCAGCCAGGAGCCAACCGCAGCCUACAUGUAUGCUGCUGCACUUUUGACGCUACCGCGCACUACCUUACUGUACGCUUGGCUACACGACCACAACGGUGCAUAUAAGCUCCUUCGAAAUGUGCACGUGGAUGUGAUGGAGGCAUUGGACAAGUUGACCAUGGGUGGAUUGAAUGUUGCGUUGCGUGCCGUGGGCAUUACUGAGUUUGGAUCAUCAGCUGCCACGCGAGCUUUCUUGUACAUGUCAUUCCACUUGUACGGCACGUGGGUACCGUUAGUUUCUGCGGGCAUCACGCUCAUGGCGCUGCAGCCGAACAACGCAAAUUUUCUCGAGGGAGCCAUGGACGGCCUCCUGCACCUGGGUCACCACCGGGCCGUGGAGGAGCUGCACCCAACUGCCAACGGCGCGGGUCAUGAAAGCGGCAAUGGCGUCACACCCAAGAGCCGCCAGCAUUGGCCACCCCCGGUCAAGGUACCGGCGGAACUUCAGGAAACGGCAGAAUCAGCGCCAAAGCACCUGCUGUGCCCGAUCACGCACCAUAUCCUCACGGAGCCCGCGGUCACUUCUACAGGGGCAACGUACGAGCGGGCUGCCAUUGUUGAGUGGCUAACUAAAGCAGGCUCUGCGGCCCUUAGUGGCAAAGGCAUUGCUGAGGCAAAGGCUGUUAGCCAUAGCCUACCCGGGGCUUGGGUUUCUUCCAGGUCGACGGUUCCAAAUUCAGCGCUGACAGCAGGCGGUGCAAUUCAGCUCUGGGGCGGCGGGCGAAUGGGGACCAGCAGGCAACGCUUGCUGGCUUGGUCCAUUGCAGCCAUUCUUCUUGCAGCUUUCUUGCAGCUAGGCUCGGCACAAGACUACGACUCAUCGUCCUUCGAUCCUAAUGACCCGGAUGCUGCAUAUCUGUUCGGCUUUCCAUUUUGUAAAUGCUCUGACUACCGCUGCGGGUCGUCUCCUUAUGAACCAGUUAAGAGUAGCGAAGAACUCCUGGCGAGCGGGACUUACAGGGUCUGCUUUAAGUUCGUGGACUCAGGCUGCCAGUCCGGGAACGCAUGCUGCGAAAACAUCCUUCAGUUACUGACAAAGGUUGAAUUCAUGGCAGACAAAGCAUGCAACAAGAGCGUUGUCGGGGUUACCUUCGGCAACGUCAGCAAACUCACCUCAACUUUCUUUGAUACGAAAUACGCUGUUGGCAAGGUCCGUGUCACUAAUCUAGGUGCAACGCGCACUAUGGUGCAAAACAGCCGGCUGUGUUUCACAGUGAAGCCACCAUGUGCUAGUUUCGACGCCUUCUUCCAGUCAUCUAAGCUGGGGGGAUCGGGUCUGUACCAGUAUGCAGUUUUUGAUAUCGAUCAUCAAUGCUGCCCAACUUGCGCGAAAACAAUGCCGCCGCCACCUAGCCCAGCGCCGGGACCUACACACCCUCCAGCACCAUUGUCACCGUCGCCACCGCCGCCACCACCACCGCCGCCACCACCACCACCGCCACCGCCACCACCCUCCCCGCCUCCUCCGCCUCCGCCACCGCCGCCGCCGCCCCCUCCUCCUCCUCCGCCUCCCGCGCCGCCACCACCGCCGCCGCCACCGCCGCCGCCACCACCGCCGCCACCACCGCCUUCCCCUCCCCCGCCUCCUCCUCCUCCACCCCCACCACCGCCGCCACCACCGCCGCCACCUAUGUCACCAUCCCCUCCCCCGCCUCCACCGCCUCCUCCUCCACCGCCGCCACCGCCACACCCGCCGCCACCACCGAGCCCGAUUCCAGUUCCAAAGCCUGAGCAGUGCGACUGCGUUAGCGUUUUCGAGCCCAACAGUCGGUGGCGCCUUCGUUACCGCGGCUCAGAGAUUAAAGGUCCCUACAAUUACUUUUCAUUCAACAUCUUCACUGUGCCAUCGUCGGACUGCCUUGAGGUCACCUACCGUCCUGGCCACUGUUGCGAUGCAACUCUUGAUGGCAUAGAAAUGGCUUUGACACCUGCAUACAGCAACAAUUGGUGGAAAUUGGUGCCAAAGUUUUGGCUUUACGACACGAAUGGUUCCAUUAUCCAGUCAGGCAGCGUAACCACACAGCAUAAAUCGGAGUUGGGUCUGGCAUUCACCGGCUUUGAACGAAACACGAGCCAGGUUCUGCCAGGCGAUCAGCUGGUCUUGACGCUUGCGCUCAAUGCUACCCUUUGGAACUACACUGACGCUUUCCCAUGCGGCAAGUCGCUCCUGGUCGAGGAGGCACACAUCUGUGAUUACAUGUUAAGCGGACAACAGGUCGUAAACGGGGUUUACGUGAGCGUGCCAGGUGGCCGCUUCGUGCCCGGGUGCUGUCCAAGGGGCGUCUAUCUCUUAGGUGAUCCGACCCUCACUUGCGGCUGUACCGACAACAAGCUCGAUUCACCGUACCGAUUGUACGCCCGUCCAGAGCCCCAACCCGCAAACGGCGGCGCCAUGGUCUACUCGUACAGCGUAGUGACAACCGUGCCGACGCCCUCUGCCGUGAACGACGACAGCUCGUGCAACGACAUGGACUUGGACCGGCUGCGCCUGUACAUACGGCCUGAGGUAGUAAAUCGCUUGGUCGCUGCCUCUAUCAACAACAGGUCGAUUCCCUUGUCAAACGUGGUUUACGGGCAGGAUUCGGCCCAGGUCUGGAUGGAAUUGCGCGAGCUGAAGCUCACAAUGCCGGCAGUUGGCACCACUUGGUCACUCCUCCUCGUGAUCCAGGACGUCUCUCCACCGAGCAUUUGCGCACCGAACGCCCUCGGCUCUGCUGAGUGCGAGUAUGUGAUGUUCGGCAAGUUUAGUAUCAAGGAUCUUGACUUUCUUUGCUGUGCUCAUGGCCUUUCUGAGACCACAGUUGUCAAGCCCGCCCAGCUGCAGUGUUCAUGCGACCAUAACAUGUUGCAUACACCGUAUCGACUGGACUACGCUGGUGGGGAUUACAGGUACGCUACGGAUGUUUCUACCCUUAACUUUACAGUGACUUACGGUGAGCUCGAUUGCGAUGCGAGCGACACAGCGAAUGCUGGUUGCUGCAGUACAGACCUAAAGAGCAUUUAUGUAGAGCUGAACACCACUGCAGUCGUGGCGGUCAUGGUUAGCCCACCCGUGCCGGGUGGGGUGUUUCAGGAGCCACUGGGUAGUGGGGUAAGGAUCUCGGGGAUCUUCGGUUCUGGUGCUGGAUAUGACUUGUCUCUGGUGGUGAAGGGCAAGCAAGGGACCAGCUUCAAGUAUCGGUUUGAAGGCGGCUUCAAUCUACAGCAACCGUAUGGGUGCUGCCCGACGGCAUUCACGUGA